UGACGACGACAAUGAAUACUAGCAUAUUUCACAUUCGUCAACAGCCUCUUUUUCCAACAGUGAUACCUGCCUGACGUCCUGCGCAAGAGCAGUUGGGCGUACUGAUCAGACUGGUCGCGCAAAGAUAGAAUCCUACGUCGCAGUCAGUUGCGUAAGGCUCUCUUGACUGAAGCUUUGGCAACCAGAGCUAUUGAGAGCGGCGCUGACUUUAUAUAAGACAGGGUGAAAUUGUUACUCUAGUAUUCAUACUCAUUCUUUCUGGACAUGACGCGCCUGCCCCACCGAACGGCCCACACGUUCAGAGCUUCAAACAUUCGUCACAUUCAUCACAUUCGUCAUUUGGAUGUUUGAUCGACCAAACAAACCCAGUACGACACACAUCUCUACACUCAUGGAGAUGUAUGCUCUACUUCGCCGCCCGUGAUGCCAGAGUACUUUUUCCAUCUUCUCUUCGAGCUCCAUUCUUCACGCUCUCCUGCAGACACGACCUUCACCCCACCACCGCAAACCAACAUCUUCACGUCUGAGCUCCCAACACAUAGGCGAGCUUCGUGGAGCUCAGCGACGCCAGUGCCUAGAACGUACGGCGCUGCGACGGCCCCCAGCAACCGCCGGCUCAGUCAGCGCACACGACCCUCGUUUUCCGAACACCACGACAGUCCGGUACCAGUCGACAAAGCAAGCACUAAGAGUGGAUCGAAGACUUCCAGGAAAAGCUUUGCCGCUCACCAAGAUUGGCGCUUCGACACGAUUUCGAUUCUCAGUAUCGACAUGCUUCCGAGCAACACCGGUGACACAUCACGAUCGCGAGAGGCCCUCAAGCAUGCUGCGACUUCUGGUGGCCUAGCCACCAAGGGUAAAUUCAUACCCUCCGACCCCAAGAACACAGAAGUAGGCUGGGGCGUCGUACACCUGUUCCGAGAUGGACGCGAAACCCCAGGGCUAUAUGAUGAGGUGGAGGGCGCAUACGGCCCGUUUGUUGAGGAAGACUGUACAACACUUUGCAUACUAGCUGUACCCUCAUACAUGACGCCGUCGGAUUUCCUGGGAUUUGUCGGAGAGCAGACAAGAGAGGAUGUCUCACACUUCAGGCUCAUCCGGACCAAGAGGGCGAACAAGUACAUGGUGCUGAUGAAAUUCAGGGAAUCGAGCAAGGCAAGGGCAUGGAAGAAGGAGUGGAACGGAAAGACUUUUAAUAGCAUGGAGCCCGAAUACUGUCACGUCGUCUUCGUGAAGUCUAUCAACUUCCAGGACGGCGACGCUUCCACUCGCGACCCUUCCUCGUACCCUGAUCUUACGAACGAUCCCUUCACGCCAGCUGCGGCGCAGGAACCUACUGCACCGUUACCACCAGCGUCAAGUGCCUCUCCGUCCGCCGAAAGUAGUUCGCUUGCGACCUCGCUCACAACUAAGCCACACGCUCCUCCCACACCUGCUCUGGUCGAGCUACCAACCUGCCCUGUCUGCCUUGAGCGCAUGGAUGAGACCACUGGGCUUCUCACGAUUCUUUGCCAGCACGUCUUCCACUGUGCCUGCUUAGAAAAAUGGCGUGGCUCAGGCUGUCCAGUAUGCCGCUACACUCAGAACGACGUAUUCACCUCAAACUGUGGUCUCGAGGGUGACGCACCAGAAAACAUCUGUAAGGAUUGCGGUGCCACUGAAAAUCUCUGGAUUUGUGUCAUCUGCGGCAACAUCGGCUGUGGACGCUACGAUGAGGCGCAUGCCUUCGCCCAUUACAAGGCGACAAAGCACACCUACGCUAUGGAUGUUGUAACACAACAUGUGUGGGACUACGCCGGUGACGGCUACGUCCAUCGUCUGAUUCAGAACAAGGCGGAUGGUAAGCUCGUCGAUCUCUCCGCCUCAACACAUCAGACCUUCGGCUCAGCUGGCAUGACUGGCUAUGCCAACGAUAGUGUCCCGCGCGAAAAGCUGGACAACAUGGGCAUGGAGUACGCCUACCUGCUCACAUCCCAGCUCGAAUCUCAACGCGCCUAUUUCGAAGAGCAACUUGCGAAAGCCACAGACAAAAGCACUAAGACUGCGGCUGCUGCGGAAGAAGCAUCACGCAAUGCGUCCGCACUUGCCAAAGACUUCAAAGCUCUGCAACUGCAACACACCGAAACCGUAGCGACAGUGUCGGCUCUCGAGAAAGAAAGCGCGAGAAACACACAGAAAGCAACGGCGGCGUCAGAGCUCGCCCGCACCCUGACCAAGCAGUACAAAGAAGAGAAGACAGUAAACGACUCCCUCCUCACGCGCAUCAAGCACCUCGAGAAGGUCGCUGCAGAUGCCGAAGUCAAGAUUAAAGGCCUGGAGGCGCAAAAAGCAGACCUCGAGGAGCAGAACCAUGAUCUUUCCAUGUACAUUAGUGGCGCGCAGAAGAUCAAGGAGAUGCAGGCCAAUGAGGUCUUCGGCUUACAAGAAGGUGAAGUGGAGGGUGCAACGAUCGAAGUCGGCAAGAAGAAGAAGGGAAAGGGCAAGAAGAAGGCCUAGGAGCCCGUGACUAUUUAUCAGAAAUCAGGCCUCACAUUACAAGACGCUGGCCGUCAAAAUACAGAGGAAACGGAUGUCACGAGAGCUUUCUGGCAAAAGGAAGUUCAAACACGAAAAGACAACAAGAUCGAUGAGGAAGCCGAAGAGAGGGCAAUGCGCGCACUCUGGGAUCGCCAAGCUGCACAAGCCCAAAGCACUAAACCUCAACGAUACAACACUCCCCGUCGUCGCCGCCUGAACAGUCUUACACCCAUCGAUAACAACAUUCCCAAAUCUAUUCAACAACCCACAUCAACAAUCGACAAAGAUGAGAUGGCCCUGCAAGCCUUGACCGAUAUUU